CAAACAUUGCGACAACCUUCACUCUGGCAGCUGCUCAAGUUCAUGCACCACCCUGGGCCUCUCUGAUCGAGCCUGUGUGUGCCCGGACAGCUUGCACCGAUGAUUAGGCUGCUUGCGACGCGCCUUUGCUGUUCUUUCCUUGGUACAUCAACAGGUGGUCAAAAUCGCAUCUCCGACGCGCUUUCUUAGGGUCCCAGAAUCCAACGUAGUCAGUCACCUUCACCUUGGCUUUCCUUCACAGCGCACCACCAUUCACUGCCCGCACCCAGAGACUAGACAGUCACUCUUUGUAUGGACGCUGCGGCCGGUUACAGGCUAGCCGGGGCCUUUUAACGAUAUGAGCGAUGUCAGUCGCAACCUUUAGAGGAGAAGGAGACGCUGCCCUCAUAGCCUUCAUCUACAAGCAACAAGCCCCCAGGCGCAUUUACCUUCGGAGGAAUGUGCGCAGCGUCUUGCGAUCUCUAGCCAUGGGGAAAGCGUUUUCGUCUUUACGAUCUCCGAGGCCGAGACCUGAGCCUGCGGCCUCAGACGAUGAGGAAGAUGAGGACCCAAGACCCGCCAAGCGGAGGCGGGUCAACUACAGCGAUGACAGCAGUCGUGUUUCUCAGAUUGGCGAUGAUUCUGGGGUUCGAAAACCGCUUGGUCAGGUGACGAACGAGGGCAGUAGGAGUCUCGUCCGAUUGCCUGGGAAGCCUGGGCUCCUUCAGCCAUCAGACUUCUAUGGCAAGCCUCGCUCGGUCACGCCUGUCCAAUCAGAUGGAGCCUUAUCAAAAUCGAGCAAAACUCAAAUCAACAGCAUCUUGAGCAAGACCCCAACGCAGUUCAAGAAAUCUCUACGAGUGGACAUUGUUGAGAUCAGCCCUGCAUCGGCCGUUGACGUUGAAAGAUUCGCGAUUUCACACCCUAGAAAAUCUCAAAUCGACAUCAAAUGCAGAUGCACAGUAAUGAUCUUCCUUGCCAAGAACGAUGAGAAUCCUGGAGAUGUACGGCCGGCAGACUACACCGAAAUCUGUCGAGACACCACGUGGUGUACUUUACGGAUUACCUUUGGAGAGGACAAUUGCAUCUCGAGGGAGUUUAUCAUGUCAGAGCCCUUUUUAUUUCAACCAGACCGGUUUCACUUAAAUCGGAGGUUCAGAAAACCCAACGGCCAAUGGUCACCCUUCAAAUUCGACUUUGCCGAUAAGUACAAUUUACAGGUUCUCGUUGAGCCUGUUGGAAGCCACAAAGAUUGGCCUCCAGUAGAUAUUCCUACAGUUGAACAACUACGAUCGAUCGAAGAUGGCCCUCCUAGCCCUAUAUCGGCAGCCCUCGAAGACCAUCAAAUGACCCGCGAUGAGCUGCACCUUUUUUGUAAGACGGAAGCUCGGCUUGACGCUCUCCUUGAUCCAGAACGACAGAACAGAGUACUGGAGUUACAGCUACAGGACUUUGCAAAGACAGCCAAGCAAGUCCUGCCUUACACAUUGAGAAUCGAGAUCAAAUGGGCGCUUCCAAGUCAUUUAUGUCCUCAAACUUUACCUCUAAGAACACCGAAAGUGGAGGAGACAUCUCGAGCGAUUCUGCCUCCUCCAGCGAGCGUCAAUAUUCUGGAGUCGCCGGUUCGUCGCCUGCGGGAAGAUAUCUCAGCAUCAAAUAGCCCAGCAGAUCGCUCGCAGAGGAAGCGGUCAAAUGUCGCCACGUACAACUUGAAGACUCUUAGCGCCCAAGCACAGGGCAAGUCUCCUCGAGUUCGCAAGAUCAACUUCAAACCUGAGCAACGAGGAUUGGGCGACGAAGAUAUCAGUGUGACCUACAAUUUUGGGAAAGGAGAUGCAGCCGAGACAGGCGUGAAGCAACAGACAAUCAUACCAGGAUUGGACUGUCCAUUUUGCAAUAGUCAUUGCAGCCACGUUGAUGAUCUAAGACUCCACCUCCAUACAGACCACACCAUGUUCAAGUUCCAUCUCCGAAAGGCAAACCCACCAAGAAUCUCAUUCUUCGUGGAAGUGUGCAAAACUCGGACUGGACCUACAAUGAACGCUGAGCGGCAGAAGACGCAUCAGUUUGGCCAGUCAAUGACCUUGUUUGAUCUGGCAAAGAAUUUGGGUGGGGAUGAGUCCUGGAGCAAAGGACGACAUGGGCCUCUUCACAAUACUUGGCCUGAUCACCUCCUCGACCGUCACGAUUCCUCUCUGUCUUCUUCCCCACACGAAUCUCGCCAUAGUUCACCAAACACAUCCAACGACACCGACGACUUGAUGGAUUUUGAGGACUCCAUCAAGUCCAAGCUCCAGCUUCGGCCCCGGAAAAUCUAUUACGUUCCAAAGACGGCCAAACCACUUUAUGAUACGAUCACCAAGCGCAUCCUGAAGCCAGGUGAAGAAUUACCGAACAGUGAUGACGAGAAAGAGGAAGGCUGGCUUCGACAGAAGAGCCGCGAUCUGAUAAACGACUUUACGGAUGUUACGUUUGAGGAAAAGGAUUUCAUCAAUACAUACAACCCGUUCAUAAUUAACGAGCAUCUCACCAGCCCAAAAUAUCUACCUGAAGCCCUGAUACGAUUCACGGAAAGCCACAAAAAAUGGUUCGCAGAGAAAAACAGCCGAAAGAAGGAAUUCAUGAAGUUAAUGGAGGUCUUCAUUCUUCGGGGGGUGGUGGAGGAGAGAACGCUUGAGAGAUGCGUCGAUAUCUUGAGAGCGGCAGAGAGAGCCAACAGGGGCAAGGACAUCGAUAUGAAUGACGCCGCUCCACCAAAACCUCGAGCGCUGAUGGAUUGCAUUUGCGGGGAACACACUCAACCUCCUAAUCGGGUGAUUUGUCGUGGUGCUCGCUGCCCUGGACGCUUCUUCCACCCCAGGUGUGCAGCAGAGGAGUUUGGACGGCCGACAACGGGAAUCUGGAAGUGCAAUCAUUGUCUUUCUUGAGCAUUUGCUGCAUCACCGAGGCAUGGUCAUUAGCAUGGAGUUGGGCGGGUUUGGAUGUGAUUACUGUAUAGCAUAAUAUUGUACCAUAAAAAACGCAUAGGAUGGAAGGGAGAGCGCGGAGCGUGGAGGGAUCAUACGGCGGGGGGCAUGUUUUCUGCUUGCUCUGCAAAGGGGAAACUGGCUGCUGCUGGCUCAUAAAGACAUGCAUGGCUCAUUCAAUGGACUGCAUCUGCAUCUACGGUCAGGAAAUGCUUUCAACCUGACUGCAAUACUUUCUGGAUAGAGUACCUGGAUAGAGUCCCUACCUCAAUCAGAUAUCACGUGCC